AGGCCCAACCCUAGUAGCCCACAACACCCAAGUUACUGCAGUAUUUGGCGCGGAAAUGAUACUCAUUCUACUGCAAUUGCCUCUUACUAAUUCACUGAAGGAAAAUUGGACGCUGUUUGGAGAUGUUGUGGGUUGACAAGUACCGUCCUAAAACCCUAGACAAAGUUAUUGUACACCACGAUGUUGCUCAAAAUCUUCAAAAACUGGUGUCAGAAGGAGAUUGUCCUCAUCUGCUCUUUUACGGUCCUUCCGGCUCAGGAAAGAAAACUCUGAUUAUGGCACUUCUUAGGCAGAUUUUUGGUCCCAGUGCUGAUAAGGUUAAGGUUGAGAACAAGAUUUGGAAAGUUGAUGCUGGUACGCGGACAAUUGAUGUGGAGCUCACAACAUUGUCAAGCACUCACCACGUGGAAUUAAAUCCAAGUGAUGCCGGAUUUCAGGACAGAUACGUUGUUCAAGAGAUAAUCAAAGAAAUGGCGAAGAAUAGACCAAUUGACACGAAAGGGAAAAAGGGGUUUAAAGUUUUAGUGCUAAAUGAAGUUGACAAGCUCUCAAGGGAAGCACAACAUUCUCUUCGAAGAACAAUGGAGAGGUACAGUGCAUCAUGUCGUCUGAUUCUGUGCUCCAACAGUUCUUCAAAGGUUACUGAAGCAGUCCGCUCACGAUGCCUUAAUGUGCGAAUAAAUGCACCAAUGGAGGAAGAGAUUGUCAAUGUUUUGGAAUUCAUUGCCAAAAAGGAAGGACUUCAGUUGGUGCAAGGAUUUGCAGCUCGCAUUGCGGAAAAGUCAAAUAGGAAUCUGAGGAGGGCAGUUUUGACAUUUGAGACUUGUCGUGUUCAACAGUAUCCCUUUACAAACAACCAAGCUAUACCUCCAAUGGACUGGGAGCAAUAUGUUUCAGAAAUUGCAUCAGACAUAAUGAAAGAGCAGAGCCCUAAAAGGUUGUUUGAGGUUAGAGGAAAGUUAUAUGAGCUACUAACUAAUUGUAUUCCACCUGAAAUUAUUUUGAAGAGGCUGCUUUUCGAACUAUUAAAGAAAUUGGAUUCAGAGUUGAAGCAUGAGGUGUCCCACUGGGCUGCUCAUUAUGAGCAUAGGAUGCGCCUUGGACAGAAGGCUAUAUUUCAUCUUGAAGCAUUUGUGGCCAAAUUCAUGAGCAUCUACAAGAGUUUCCUUAUUUCAACAUUUGGUUAAUAUAGAUCUGAAGUACUAUGGAACUGUUCGGCAGUAGGAAAAAGUUUUUGUUGUCCAUUGUGCCAAUGUCCUGUCGUGCUUUAAUUUAGUUGGGUGUACAAUCGUGCUUAGACAUUAAUUUACAUUUUACCAGAAUCAUAUCCCAAUUUGAUCCAUCUUAUUCUCUAUCAGAAGUAUUUUCUACUGCUUCUAUCUUUUGUAAUUGCUGAUCGCAGUGGCUACAAGGAAAAGUGGACGUGCUAUGGUACAUAUAAGCGAGAUUAUUGCUUUGGCAAAAUAAAAGCUGCUCUAACAACAUUAGUGAUCUA